AAAGUCCUUUUACAAACUUAAGGAAAAAGGUCAGUUACACCCUGGGGUAAAGUGUAUUCCCCUCACUAUGGAAUAACUGAACAUGCAACAUCCUGUAUUAAGAUCUGAGAUGUCAGCUGUGGAGUUUCCUUUGGUUCAGUCUCUGCAUGUUUACUGCACUUUCAGUGUGAAGUUUGUCCUGUGGAUUGAUCAUCAAAUCGGGAUGUUUGUUCUCAUCUGGGCGACUUUGCUUUUCUCUGCGAGAGACAGCAUUGCAGACACAGGAGAAUCAGUGGAGAAAAGAACACGCUGUCAAAGUGGAUUCUGUAUCACUGUUAAUGAAGGAGAAACAACAGCAGAGGCUGGACUCUGUGUUGUGAUACCGUGUUCUUUCACCACAAGUUAUGGCUUCACACCCCAAAAUAUAGUUUGGUACAAAUGCGAACAAUCUAAACCAAGAUGUGUUGAUUCAGACAUGAUAUUCCACACUAACAAGAACAACAGAAACGUUCAGUCUGGGUUUAAAGGACGAGUGUCACUAUUGGAGCCGGACGUGAGUCAGAAGAACUGCAGCAUCAUCAUCAGUGACCUCACUGAGUCAGACUCUGGAUCAUAUCAGCUCAGAGUUACUGGUGUCACCUGGUAUGAGAGGGCAGAGGGAUUUACAUUCUCUCCAAGAGCAACUGUCUCUGUUAAAGAUCUGAUCCAGAAGCCCACAGUUAGGGUUCCUCCACUAACAGAGGGACAGCAGACCACACUGACCUGCACUGCUCCUGGUCUCUGCUCUGGAUCUGAUCCUGAAAUCACCUAGCUGUGGAGAGGACCAGGACAGAACGACUCUCACAUCACAGGAAACAUCACUGCUUUCAAGACUGAGACUGCUGUCACACAAAGACACAGCUCAACUUUGAUGUUUAACUCUUCAGCUGAACACCACGGCACCAAUGUCACCUGCAGGGUCAGGUUCACAAACAACAUCACUACAGAGGAGACAGUGACUCUGAAUGUGACCUAUGUAAAGGAAGUUAAAAUCACUGGGAAAACACGUGUGAAGGAGGGUGAGACUCUGAAUCUAACCUGCAGUGUUGAAAGUUUCCCUCUAUCUCAUAUCACGUGGACUGUACUUGGUUCCAACAUAAACCUGUGUAAUGGACCUGAGACUGGCCUGCAGAACGACACUGGAUCAGCCACACUUGUUAUCCAUAAUGUGACUGUAGAACAUUCUGGACAGUACAUCUGUACAGCAAAACACCUGGACACGACUGUGACUACAUAUGCUGACGUAACUGUGACUUUGUAUCCAAAGAUCCUGAACAGCUCUGGAUGCAGAAAUCAGUCAGAGGUUCUGACCUGUCAACAUGGACCAAGUGCAGUGCUUCCCUGGGCCGUCGCGGUCAUAUCUCUCAUUGUCAAUGUCAUCUGCAUAAUCUGCGUGAUGUUCCUUUGGAACACAAGAAAAAAGGUGAAACCAAACCAAGAGGACAAAACGUACAUGUCACUGCAGAAGACAGACCCAUCACCAGAGUAUGAUGUUAUUGGCCAACCUUCCACUGAGUGUAGGGAAGAUGGCAGGACCAUCAUCUGAAUCAUCAAAUCAGGGCUUUUCAAAGUCUGGGACUGUGGGCCAUCCCUGAGACAAAGCUUGGAAAAAGGAACCACCUCACCACCCCUUAGUUUACAUGCUUAGUUUUGCUUAAUUAUUGGAUGCGUAUGGGAUUACGAUUAUGUUUUAUGAUCCCAUAGACACUCAACAAUUGAGGCAAUACAGCCUAAUAUUGCUGUUUGACACAAUUUCAGACUUCACCAAAUUAAAAAAAGUGCCAUGGCAUUUAUUUCUGACUCCGAUAAAGUGGCAGAAACAGUAAAAUUCCCCAAAACUACUCUAUCUCUGUAACCAAAAAACCAAAACUUAGAUCACAAGGAAAGCAAGCAUUCAUUUAAAACCUGUUGAAAACUGAAUUUAUUUUUCAGUCCAAAACCCGCCGAUGUUGUUGCUUCGAGUCUCAGCGGGCACCAUCUUGAUUAUUGUGCAAUACCUGCGAGCUGCCUGCCUGCUCUCGACAUUUCUGCAGAGAGGGAACGUGCCACUUAAGAACACACAGUGUUUUUGGCCACUUUGUGGCCGACCCGUUGGAGAUACAUAGACAUGCAUGGGUGUGCUUUUGGUGACAGGAAUGUUGAUGAAUACUGACUGUUUUUAUCAAUAUUUCAAUGUUUUGUGAUUUGGAACUUGGUUGUAUGGACAGAAAGUAUUUUAACAGUAAAUAUUGCCAA